AUGCCUCAGAGGACGGCGGCCCGACGGCCGUUUAAGUCCGCGGCUAUAUCAGGAAUCGAUCUCAGGAUAGAUGAUCCUUUCCCUUUAGAGGUGGUUGAUUAUUUUGCAGCAUUUCUCACGACAAGCGAAAUUGGGGCUGUGAAUGGCACAGACGCCUCAGUGAAGCGUCGCAAAAUCUCGGCUGAGCCAUACUCUCCGGUUUGCUUGGCGAAAGGGAGAAUUCUAUUUUCUCGAACAUUUAAUGGGGAUGAUGCGUCACCAUUUGCCAAAACAUUCGAGGAUGUUGGACGGUACUUGAGGUUCACUUUGCGCAAUAACACCCUGUCGAUUACCUCCCGACCGGGUGCUCCGCAAGGGUCAUUUGCCACAUCCAUUUCCCUAAAAGCGGAUGAGAUUGAAGCGAGUACUGUCAAAAUUCUUGAAAUUGUUGGCGCAAAUGGGAAACGGGACAGUCCUGGUGAUAUUUGGGCUAAAGUGGCGAUAUCACUCAUCCUGCACGAUCGCAUGGUCACGACGCACAUAUCAUUCGAUUUGAAUUGGAAUGAAACACCGUCGCCGUACUAUCCAUUGCCGAAUUCCAACGAUCGAAAAACAACGUCACAACUGGUCGAUUCGUUUUGCCCAGAUACCGAGAACGACGAAGAGUCAGCAUGGUCGCCUAUGGACUUUUAUGAGGCGGCGCAUGUUCCGCCAAAGGACGACAAAGGUGCUCUAGAUAUUCAAGUACCAGGGCUCGAAUCAACAUUGUUUCCAUAUCAGAGGAGAACACUACAGUGGCUUUUGUCAAGAGAAGGCGUAGGCUGGUCCAGUUCGGAAGCUAGGCUACAAACGAUCCCCUUGGAGGACCACAAAACCUCAAUCGACAGUUUUCGAACAAUUCAGGAUGCGGAUGGAAAGGAUGUGUUUAUAAGCGAUUUAUUUCAAACCAUCACAAGAGACAAAAGCUUGUACAAACGAGCGGAUAGAUCUGUCAAAGGUGGAAUAUUGGCAGAGGAGAUGGGCCUCGGCAAGACUCUUGAAAUAUUAGGACUUAUUCUCCUGCAUAGACGUGUGGAGCAUCAAGCACAACAAAACGGAUUUAAGAUGGAUGGACUUGCCGCGACGGGUGCUACGUUGAUUGUGACUCCAGAAUCUCUGCGACAACAGUGGAUAACGGAGAUUGGCCGACAUGCCCCGAGUCUGCGGGUGAAGCAUUAUCAGGGUUGCAAGAAAAUGAAAGAUGGGCAGGAAGAAACCAUCAUUGAAGAAUUGUGUGGUUACGAUGUCGUCAUUACAACCUACUCUGUGCUUUCCGCGGAGCUGCACUUUGCGCUUGAGCCGCCGCAACGAUCUCGCAGAUUCGAGAGAGCAUACCCUCGAACAACAUCUCCUCUAGUUAAGAUAUCCUGGUGGCGGCUGUGUCUCGAUGAGGCACAGAUGAUUGAGAACGGGUAUAGCCAGGCAGCAUCUGUUGCUCGUGUGCUGCCUCGCGUUAACGCAUGGGGUAUCACUGGAACGCCGGUUAAAGAUGAUGUAAAGGAUCUGUUUGGUCUCCUACUCUUUCUAAGAUAUGAGCCAUACUGCUCUGCAUCGCAGAUCUGGCAGGCGCUUAUUGCCAAGCACAAGCCGCUUUUUCAACAGGUAUUCAAUUCCAUCUCAUUGCGACACACCAAGACGCUUGUUCGAGACGAAAUUUUGCUCCCUGCUCAAAAACGAUUCGUCAUCAGCAUGCCAUUUACUGCUGUCGAAGAGCAGCAUUAUCAAUCAUUGUUUAAAGAAAUGGCCGAAGAGUGUGGUCUCGAGACUGAUGGAUCGCCGAAGAAAGAUGAAUGGACUUCCGAAGAGUACGAGGAUGUCAUGAGAAUCUGGUUGAAUCGAUUGCGGCAAACGACGUUACACCCCGAGGUUGGUCUGUACAACCGCCGAUUGUUGGGGUAUAAUAAGUCGCGACCGAUGAGAACAGUGGACGAAGUUCUUACUGCGAUGUUGGAGCAAAGUGAAAAUGCAAUCAGGGCGGAAGAAAGAGCAUACUUAUUAAAUCGCUUAACUCGGGGUCAGCUGUAUGAAAACAGCCCUCGUGUAAAGGAAGCAUUGGUGUUGUGGGAGGAUGUAAGAACAGAGACUGAACGACUCGUCGCAGAUGCCAGAACCAAACUCAAGGAUGCUAUCCGAGAGCAUGGUGGAGAAGAGGCUGUACAUAAGGCUGAAGAAGAGGACCAAGCUCGCGAUAUGUCUGAGACUGAUGAUGACGACAAAGAUGAACUGGAAGUUAAAGGGAAAAUCGGAGAGUGUCGCCGAAGGCUCCGCUCGGCCUUGGAAUUGCACCAUAAGGCUGUCUUCUUCUGUGCUAAUGCCUACUUUCAAAUCAAAGAUAACGCAGACAUGACGGUACCAGACUCUGAGGAGUUUCAGCGGCUGAAGAAGCUCGAGGAUGCUGGGUACGAUGCAGCAAAGGCUUUGAGAAGGGAGAUUUUGCGAGAGAGUAACCGCAAAGCAAUGCGACUCAUGAAUAAGAUUGCUCGCAACGCCCGAAAUCAAACGUUCGCAGAUAUACCCGAACUGGCCACAAACCCAGAAAGGGGCAUUGAAAGCGGUCGCAUUGUCGAUAAUCUCGAAGUACUUUACGGCGAGUUGAAUGAGCAAGCGGAUGUGAUCGAUACAUGGCGUGAAGAGGUCAUUCAGUUGCUUCUGAAACCGCUGGUUGAUGAGGACGAUGACGUCGAAACAACCGGAGAGGAGCUUGGAGACUCUGCCAAGUUUCAAGAUUUGCUCAUGGUCUAUGUCACUACCCUGCGAGCUGCUAUCGCCGAUCGUCAAGAUGCGAUAUCUGGGCAAACGAACGAACUGGCCAAACAUGAAACAGAAACCUCUCUCAGACUAGCAAAAGCGGGAGAAGGCCCAGCACCAGAAAAGAUGGUACAAAUGCUUCAGCUGAGAGCUGAAAUCAAGCCCAAGCUUGCGCAUCUAUCCAUGAGAGGAGCCAUAAGUGAGUUUCGGGGCUUACAAUCGCGGUUGGUUCGCGAUACGGUGUCUGCAAGUCGCGAAGCCGUGGAAGCAAAGAUUGCUUCGGAUCAACUGAAGACGACGCAAGCCCAGAUCAAUGAUCAAAACAAGGUGGCCCUGGCGCUGGAAUCAGAAAUCGAAAGCUUCAAAGUGGCAAUGAAUGCACGAUUAGAAUAUUACCGUCAGCUACAGGCUGUUUCAGACGCAGUUCUUCCCCUGGAAGGCUCUAAAGAUGAGACAGCAAUCAACAAGUUGAAGCAGACGGAAGAAGACUUGCGGCGCAAACUAUCCUCUGCCGAGGCAAAGCACAGAUACCUUGUGAACCUGAAGGAAGCUGGUUCCAAGUCGAACGAGCCUCGAAUGUGUGUCAUUUGCCAAAUGCCUUUUGUCACUGGUGUCUUGACGGUCUGCGGGCACCAGUUUUGCAAGGAAUGCAUGACACUGUGGUUCAAAGCGCACCAUAACUGCCCCGUUUGCAAGAGAGGCUUGAAGCCAUCAAACUUGCACGACAUUGCCAUAAAACCGCAGCAGUUGCAGAUUCGUAGUGAAGGGACCAAUGAUCAGGGAGGCUCUCUACAACGAAGAACUACUAGCUCGCCCAAAAAGACGGCAAUCUACUCCGAAUUCAACGAAGAUAAACUUGCCGAGAUCAAAAACGUGGAGCUGGACGGCCCAUCGUUUACCACCAAGGUCGAUACUCUUGUUAGACACCUUUUAUGGCUCCGAGAAUCCGAUCCCGGCGCAAAGUCAAUUGUAUUUUCGCAGUAUCGCGACUUCUUGCAUAUUCUCCGCAACGCAUUCAGACGCUUCCGCAUAGGCCACGCCUCCAUCGACGACGUAAACGGCAUCACCAGCUUCAAAGAAGAUCCAGCAACUGAGGUGUUUCUCCUCCAUGCACGCGCUCACUCCAGCGGGCUCAACCUCGUCAACGCAAGCCACGUGUUUCUCUGCGAACCUCUCCUCAACACGGCCCUCGAACUGCAGGCGAUUGCUCGCGUCGACCGUAUUGGACAGCAACACGAAACAACCGUCUGGCUGUACUUGGUGUCUGGCACGGUAGAAGAGAGUAUUUACAAUCUAUCUGUACGACGACGAAUGGAGCACAUGGGCCGUCGGAACGCCAAGGCCAAGGGGAUAGCUACGCCGGAAGUACUGGAUGCGAAUAUUGAGGCGGCGAAUACAUUGGAACUAGAGCACGCGGCGUUGUCGAAGCUCAUGAGCAAGGAUAAAUCGGCGGGUGAGAUGGUGGAUAAGGGUGAUUUGUGGGAUUGCCUGUUUGGACAUGUCACUGGUGAGGACAAGGGAGAGCGGGAUGCGAGAAUACAAGAGAAGGCGGUGAUGAGCUAUCUUGCUGGGGAGGCGGCCGAGAGAAGACGGGAUGGAUGA